CGCUGCCUGAGUCGCCUGACGUGGUCUCGCCAUUUCUUCACCGUCAUCUCGCGUCUUGUAUCUUGCCCUUUUAUCAAUUCUUUUAUCACUCCUAUUUCCAGAUCAUCUACUAUAGCACGAUGAUCCGGCCGCACUGCGCAGAGAACUCCGAAUCAUGACUACUCUCAUCCCCAUCUUGACCCAGCUGGCACUGCUCAGCCUCCUCGCCCGCGUGGUAUACCUCUGUUACUUCCAUCCUCUGGCACGCUAUCCGGGUCCCUUCUGGGCCCGGUUCACCAAUCUAUGGAGAUUCAUCACCUUCCUUGGCGGCCAGCAUCAUCUCACGGAACAGCGCCUGCACGACAAGUAUGGCCGUGUAGUCCGUGUCGCCCCGAACUGGCUCUCUUUUUCGAGCCUGGAGGACUAUGAUGCCGUCUACGGGUUUAACAAGUCGGUCGAGAAAGACGACUUCUAUACCUUUGGGCGGGGUUCGAGCCAACGCGAAGCGAGUAUCUUCGCUACCAGAUCGAGCGCCCUCCACCGCCAGAAGAAAAAAAAGGUCUUGGGACCGGCCUUGUCAAGCUCGAAGGUGAGGAGAUACGAAUCGAUUAUCACAAGCCAUGUAGAAGUGUUUCUUGCCCGAGUGGAGUCAUUGCGACGCCCCGCAGGUGAUCAGGGAAUCUCUGCUGUAAAUAUGGCGCCGUCGAUAUACCAGUUCACUCUGGACACCAUGCUAGAAGUCCUCUUCGGACCAGCUGUGACAGCACAUCCCUAUACGGAUAGUGCCAUUGCCGGAGAUAUCUGCGCGCAACUUCGCAUGCUGACCAAGACAGCAUGGAGUUUCUCGCUUUGGCCGACAUACGGGUGGCUUAUGAACACUCGACCCAUCGGUGCUCUGUUUCGCAAGCCCCGUUACAAUAAAGAUGGCGCACCAACCGGAAUGGCUGGCCUGAUGGCCGCGGGUCAUUCCGCAAUCAUGCGAGAUCCAGAACGGAUAGCGAAUGCUGAGCAACCUGGCCCGGGGAGUAUGGCAGCUGCUCUUACCGCGAUAGUAUAUCAACUGGGGUUGCAGGAAGGGCAGCUUUGGCAGGAAACCCUUCGACAGGGGACGCAUAUCUCCAAAGGAAGCACAAUAGCUACUUCGGUGUCCCCGAGGCUACAAGCCGUGAUAAAGGAAACGAUACGGUUGCGAGCAGUAUUCCCAACUGCAUUUCCCCGAGUGAUCAUGCCAGGUGCCGAAACAGUCAUUCCCAGCUUGUCGGCUCCGCUGCCGGUCGGAACCACCGUGUCUGCGAAUUCGCAUGUCUUGGGCCGGUCGCGCGAGAUCUGGGGGGACAAUGCAGACCAAUGGAUCCCGCAGCGAUGGCUUGGAGAUGAAGAACAUUGCCGUAAAAUGGAAAAUCAGUUUGUUGCCUUUGGCAAAGGGGCGCGAGGAUGCAUCGGAAGGGACUUGGCGGUGCUUGUCCUCGCCAAAGCGGCGAUGGCGCUCGUCCAGCAGUGGAAAAUCAAAAGCGUGGGACAAUUGCGCGGCAGAAGCCACCUGGAGAUGCAAUAUGACCAAUGCUGGGUGGAACUCGAGCGCCUGAAAGACUACAGCUGA